AUGGAGCACUGGACCGCUCACUGGAUGGCUGCGACUGCAAUUCUGGAUGAUCGAGAGUUUACGAUUAUUAAUGUGUACGCGCCCGUGCUGAGGUCCGAGCGGGAGAAGCUGUUUCAAUCGCUCGAACACGUGGUAUCCAGUGUCGAUAGUCCGGUGUUUCUUUGCGGCAAUCUCUAUUGCACGCUUUUAGAUUCUCGCGAUCGGUCUUACACUUCUCGCUGGAACAGCCAUGACCCUCCGGCACUGCGCCGCCUUCUGGAUUGCGGCGGCUUAACUGAUGUUUUGGAUGACGACAUCGACGACCACGAUUCGGACAUUGAUUGGCGAGUCAAACAUCACACGUAUUUCUAUACGAUGCCGGGUGGGCGUGAGGCAAGCUGUCGACUUGACCGGUGGUACUGCUCGGCCGUCGACGGAGAAUGGGUACGCGUAAUCGGCACGUCUAUUCCUGGUCCUUUCUCCGAUCACAACGGUGUUUUAAUACGUGUGGCAGUUCCUGGACGGACUGUGCAGGUGAAGUCGCGAAGGCAGUUGUACCCGCCGCCUAGGUACGCUGUGCGAGAGUACGAGUUGAUGACGACGGACUUUUUCCAACCUGCAUCGGGGACCCUUGAAGGCGUCAUCGCAACAGCAGACACCGUUACGGAACAAGCCCGGGCAACGGCCAUAUGGUGGGAUGCUGAAAAAGCUGGACUGCGACAGAGAUACUCCGAUGCGGCCAAGGAUGCUCGCCGAAAAUCUACGACCGGCUACCGACAGCGCCUAAAGCGGCUUACCGCCCGUCUGGCGACCGCGAUCCGAGAAACCCCUGGUCCGGGUGCUGAUCCGUCUCAAUCGGUCAUCCAAGCCCGACGUGCGGUAGUAGAUUGCAAGGCCAAGUGGCAGAAGAUGAAACGUCGAUCGCUUUUUUGGUCCCAUGCACACCAUCCGGCACGCCUACGGGGUCCUACUGGCCUCGGCCAUCAUCGGGCACGUGAUCUUGCACAGGAUAUGCGUGAGGGCUGGCGCGCCAUCAUGCAACAAACGCCUCCUGAUAAAGCGAUCGUCACUGAUUUCCUCGACUCGCUUCCUCCGCGGGACCAUGGUCCCGACCUUUCGGUUCUCAGCGACGAAUUAACAGCAGCUGAGGUGCUAACAUCUAUUCGUCGCUGCAAAAGGGGUAAGGCGUGGGGACCGGAUUCGCUUAAUAACGACUGGUACCGCGACAAUGAGGCCUACCUUGUACCUCUACUGACAAGGGUAUUUAACGUGUGCGCACUUGGCGGCAUCUUGCCGGGCACGUUCGGUCAAGCUGUAGUGGCGUGCAUAAAGAAGUCGAGGAGUGCGGCAUCACCACUUGACUAUCGACCGAUAUCUCUGUUAAACUCGGACUACAAAGUCUUCACACGGAUUUACGCGUCCCGCCUCAGACCGCUGCUACCAACUCUAGUAAAUCCUCUCCAAACUGGUUUUGUACCUCGAAGAGAGAUGGCGACGGUACUUGAUAUCUUCGCUGCUGCUAAAUUGUGUGCAUGUAAUGAUCCCGAAUUGCACCGCUCGCUCAUGUUGCUGUUGGAUUUCUCAAAGGCGUAUGAUUCGCUUUCACGCAAUUUUCUUCUCGCCGUGAUGAGCCGACUCGGCUUCCCGGCAUCGUUUGUUCAUCUCACCUCGGCUCUUCACAUGGGUACAAGAAGCCAAUUCAUCGUAAACGGCUACAUGUCCGAUCCUCUUGAUGUCGGGUGUGGUAUACGCCAGGGUUGCCCGCUGGCACCCUUGCUUUUUAUCAUUGCGGUGGAACCUCUUUACGAGAUACUACAUAGCACGGUGAAGGGUGUUCGGAUCGCAAACACGUCGGAGACACUGGAGAUCAAGGUUUGCGGGUACGCGUAUGAUACUGCUGUGUACGUUCAGUCCCCGGAGGAAGUGUCUGUGGUCACGCGGACUCUAAUGCGAUUUGGGGCGGCUUCUGGGCUGGUCAUUAAUGCUUCGAAGUCUGUGGCGGUUCCUCUGUGUGCCGGUGUGAGCAUUGACCCCACACUUUUGCACGGUGUUAAGCUGUUACAGGCGGGCGAGAGCCAGACGAAAGACAAACACGGUCAGGAGCCGAGCUCUAUUAGCCUCGGCUUUAAUCAUUCCCAGGGUCACGUUUCUCGCGAGACACUCGUGGCCUACCCGUGA